AUGUUUCAAAGAAAGUUUUUGGAAAUAUUUGUGGUGAUCUUAUAUUGGCUAAUAUUUACGCCCUCCAUCUAUACUACGUUUACAAAAAAGGGUUGGCUGCUGUUGGAUUUUGGUGCUUUGCAAGAUACAAUUUGGGCAGUUCUCAUUUUCGGACUUGUCGAUGUGAUGGGUUUCGUAACAUUCUAUCGGAUUGUCAUGUUCAUGUACAAGAAAUUGAAAAAGUUCGAUAAAAAAUCGCUGAAAAAGGUGCACCAAAAGUAUAAAAAUGGUAAAAACGAUCUUGAGGCCCAGUGCAUAGAGGAGAAAUACUUGGACGUUCCGGAUGGCACCAAAAAGCGUACUAUUAAAUCCCGGCUGCAAGCGCGCUUUUAAAUUAAACUCAUAUGUAUAUU